AUGAAAUCAAUUGAAACUACAGGUGCAUGUAUUAACACAAACAGCAAAGAAAUUGCCACUUUCAUAGGAAUGACAUUUGCUAUGUCAAUCAUAAAGAUGCCAAGAAUUAGAAUGUAUUGGCAGUCAAAAACUAGGAUCCCUUGGAUAGCUGAUAAAAUGGCAAGAGACAGAUUUUUCCGUCUCAGACAUUCGUUAAAGGUUAUUAAUGAUAACACUGUAUUGGAAGACGACAAAAAAAGUGACAGGUUAUGGAAAGUAAGACCUUUGUUGGAAGCAGUACGAACUCGUUGCAGCGAGUUGCCAAGGCCAUCGAAGCUGAAUGUUAAACCUGACAGAACCCUCACAACUGGUGAAGCAGCAGUAUUAAGGUUUGUGCGCAGUGUGGAUGCUGGCACAAGUAUCUUUUUUGAUAGAUUUUUUACAAGCUCAAACUUAUUGUGUGAUCUGUAUGACAGAGGCCUUCGAGGAACAGGCACAAUUAAGAAAAACAUGGUACCUAAAGAGGCUAAGCAAAUAUUAAAGACUGAGGCAACCUUGCGCAAAGAGGGCAGAGGGGCAUCCGAUUGCCAAGUCCGAAAUGAUAACAAGGUGGCUGUGACUGCUUGGUAUGACAAAAAGUUGGUACUAAUGGCUUCCAAUGAGUUCUCUAUUGAUGACGAAGAUAUAUGCCAGCGGUGGUCUAAGGCUACCAAUACCCAUGUUGGUGUAAAGAGGCCCCGUGUGGUAAGGGAGUACAACAGUGCCAUGGGGGGUGUGGAUGUUCAUGACCAAAUAGUCAGCUAUUACAGAAGCCCCAAUCGCACUAAGAAGUGGACUGUUAGGGUGGUAUUGCAUGUACUUGAUGUUGUAACUGCCAACUGUUGGCUGGAAUACAGAAAGGAUAUGGAGUCAAAACCCAAACAAUAUCUAGACUUCAAAUUAAUCUUGGCAGACCAGUUAAUGUCAGGUGAUUUCUUUGACCAUGCCACUGACAGUCAGAGUAUUUCUGAUGCAAGUCUCUCUUCAGUAGACUGUAUUGAUUCAGAGACUGAGCCUCCUCUAAAGGCAGCUAAACAGGGCUUGACUCCUCUGCCAAACAGGGCUGAAAGAAAGAAAGGUGCAUCUCAUCUCCCAAUAGUCAUUGAUGGUAAGAACUCUUUCCGCAGAUGUCGCAGAGAAGGAUGUAAGAAUAGAACACGAACAUUGUGCUCUCAGUGUAAUGUAUUUCUCUGCAACUAUGCAAAGAGAAACUGCUUCCUUGAGUUUCAUGUAUAA